UCCCGGCCCGGGCCUUUCCCCCGCUCUGCCCGGGACGAGCCCUUCCCUCCACCGGCCGUGCCCGGCCUGGGGCUGACGCAGGACCUGCCCAGCUCCAUCAAUAUUUGCUCUGGGGCCAGCAGGGAAGGCUCGCAGCGCUCCCGCAGCCUCACACGUCCCCGCAGACGGUGCCGGAGCCCCGCGCAGCAUGAGGGACCGGCUGGCGGAGCUGCAGCAGCGAGUGGCGGCCGAGGGGGACCCGCACGACGACUCCCUGAGCUUCGACAACCCCGCGUUCGUCGGGGACGACACCAGCCCCGUGGGCCGGGCGCUGCGGGAGGCGGCCGAGCUGUGGCGGGCGCUGGAGCGGCUGGAGCAGCUCUCGGAGAGCAUCGACAGGACGCAGCAGUCGGUGCUGUGCUGCACCUCGGAGGAGAGCAUCGCCCGCGAGAAGAGCGGCCUCGGAGCGGCCCGCGCCGCCUUCGCCCGCCAGGCCGCGGCCCUGCAGCCCCGGCUGGGAGCGCCGCCGGCGGCCCCGGUGGGGGGCUCGGGGCGAGCGGGGCCCCGCGUCCGCCAGACCCAGCUGUGGCUGCUGCUGCGCCGCUACGGUGCCGUCCUCGCCCGCCACUACGCCCGGGAGAGCCGCUACCGGCACCGGCUGAAGGAGCAGAUCCAGAGGCAGGCGGAGCUGGCAGGCAUCAACCUGGGUGCCCAGGACGUGGAUCUGCUGGCCGAGAGCCCGCAGGGGCCUCGCAUCGUCGGCCGCGACCUGGAGGAGCUCAGGGCCAAGCAUCACCUGGGCCUGGCCCAGGCGCGGCAGCGGCAGCUGAUGGAGCUGGAGGCGCAGCUGCUGGAGCUGCGGGGGCUGUUCGUGCAGCUGGAGGGGCUGCUGGCCCAGCAGCACGGCGCUGCCGACAGCGUGGAGCAGCACGUCCUGCGCACCCUGGACUACGCGGCCCAGACGGGCGGCGGGGUGAAGAGAGCCGCCAAAUACCAGCGGCCGUCGCGGCGCUCGGCCCUGCUCAGGGCGGCCCUCGGGCUCUGCUCCUGCUGCCCCUGCCUGCCCUGCCCCGGCCGGGGCCUGCGCUGAGCCGGGGCUGCGGGGGCAUCGCAGCAGCGCUCCGGGAUUCACCCCGUGCCGGGCGAGAGACGGUGUCUGGUGGGAGGGAGAAUGGCCUGUGCUCCUGGAACAGCGGGGCAGGGGACGUGGACACUUUGUAUGAUGGUGCAAGGACCGUGUGUACCUUGUAAAAUGGUGUAAGGGCCAUGCACGCCUUCCUUGAUGGCACAGAGGCCAUGCACGACUUGCUCAGGGAUGCAGGGUCCAUGCACACCUCACAUGGCAGCAUGGGGGUCACACACACCACUCCUGAUGGCACAGGGACCAGGCACACCAUACCUGAUGGCACAGAGACUGUGCCCACCAUUCUUGAUGGCACAGAGACCAUCCAGACCAUUCCUGAUGGCAAAGGGACCAUGCACACCACUCCCAAUGGCACAGGGAUCAUGCACACCACUCCCAAUGGCACAGAGACUGUGCACACCAUUCCUGAUGGCACAGGGACUAUGCACACCUUGGAUGGCAGCAUAGGGACUGGUUGCACCUUGCACAGAGGUAGAAUAACCAUUCACACCUCACCUGGAAGCACGAGGACCAGGAACCUCUUGCAUGGUGGCACAAGGACUGCCAGCACCUUUCCUGAUGGCACAGGGACCUUGCACACCUUGUGUGGAGCACGGGGACCAGGCACACCUUGUGCAUUUCUGUAAGGGCAAUGCACACCUUAUAGAUCACGCACACCUUGCUCAAUGGCACAGGGACCUUGCACACCUUAAUGGCUUUAUGGGGACCAUGCACCUCCAUUGCAGCACCCAGCCAAGAAAAGCACUUUUAACACUCCAAAACCAGACUUCAGAACUGUCACAUUUCUUGGUUUUUUUACUGUUUCAAGGAGAGAGGACAAAAAACUUGUUGGAAGUGUUUGGCAGGUCUGUGGUUCCAUGUGAGGGGACCCAAUGGCUUGGUGCCACCAAGGAGCAGCAUGAAGGCUCCUCCACCACACCCCAAUCCUGAUUCUCCCCACUUCCUCCAAUUUCUACUACCUGGGGGUUAUUUGGUGCAUUCAUGUGGCCUUUUGGUCAUUGCUGGUUUGUCAGGCAGUGGGUCAGCUUUGGGCUGGGUGUUCCUCAUGGCUCAUCCCAUGCUCUGACACCAGGAGAGGAUUUGCACAAUUGUUCUGGGAAUCUGCAGGCUUUUACUUCAACCUGCACAAACCAGCCAACAUCCCACACAUGCUGGAAAUGCUGGAAACUUAGAGUGGCCCUUUUUUCUGGUCCCUGUAUCACCACCUGAGUUUCCUAAAACCUCUCAAAUUAAAGCCUUGGGCCUGAUUAAGUUUUUUGGGAGCCUUUGUAGAAGGUCC